CGAAUGACCUGUCUUCGAGGGUUCCCAUAGCGUCAAAUGGUUGCGAGAACAAUUAGCCUCUUUGGUGUCCUCUGGCACAAACAAUUGCAAAGACGAUCCAGGUUCUACUGUUGAAGGUCCAGUGACAUGUUCCGAUUAUUCUCAGACGUAAAACGUUCUGCUUAGGGUAUUCAUGUGAACGCGGUGAUGGUGCGCUCUAGUCUACGAGAAUGUUUUGUCAUGUCUCAAACGCAUACUCUGCUGAGUUUCUGAUGUGAUUCGCCUUUCCACCUCUUGCCCCGGCUUCUCUCCUUUUUCCUCUGGCUUUGUUUGAGUAUUCAAAAUUUCGAAGAUUGUCGGCACUGACCAUACGUUCUGACCGAAAAAAAUACAUUCGUCUCUGACUUUUUUUGGUUUACAUCAUUCAUCAUGCAUCACACUGUCGACAAUAUUUCUCGUGUCACUUGUCGUGUAACUACUUUCAUCUUUGUUUUAUUAUGAUCAAUUGUUUUCGUGUGUGAGUGUGUCGUCUCCAAGUACAUCACACUAGUUUUUUGAAUAGUCGCUUGAACGGUUCAGAAAAUGGAUUUCGGUGGUUCCUCGGGUUCGGGUGGAGCCUCUGCUCAGCAGCAACAGCAGGCCUUGAUGCAGAUGCAGAUAUUGCAGGUUCAGAAAAUGCAGUGCAAGAUACUAGGAAAUUGCUUUGCAAAAUGCGUGCCAAAGAUGAAUGCCGAACUAAGCGGCGGGGAGCAGAACUGCAUCUACCAAUGCACACACCGGCUCUUUGACUCACAAUUGUAAGCUUCUUUUACUGAGUUUUUCGUCGUACUAGAUUAGACGACGUACGUCGUAAAUAUGUCAUUCAUGCAGGAUCUUUCUUCAAGGAAGAACAGAAGUUCGAAGUUGGCAAACAAAUUUCGCUUGUGUGACCACGGAUGGCCAUGGCAGGACUAGACUGAGGAACAUCGUCAUCAACUACAAGGAAGGGCUUCAGGAAAAGAGAUACUUUCUUCCACUCAUUAUCAGGUUUCUCGAGAAACGGCUGGUGAGUUUAGGGCAGAAGGUGCAGGCGGCUGGGUAA